GGUGACGCGACCUGAACGCGCUCCUUGCAGAUCGCACGCGUUUCAGAUCCGAACGCGCCAUCGACGCCCCUCCAAGUUUCCGACACCACCAACCUCGCCACCUUAUCGAAAGUGAGGCGUUAUCGACCACAACCAGCACGCAAGUCGAAGAGCCAGACGACAGGACCAUACUGUACAUUUUUGCCUCAAAACUGGACGCACCGAAACUUGCCACAUGGGCUCCUGCAGCCGCCCGAUCAUGGUCGUCUUGUCGCGCCUUAAUUGGUUGACAUAGCGAUCCCGGCACCCGGCAGCAUCCUUUGCUUUCCGCCGUUCGUUUCACCUGGCGCCGCUAAACAAACCCAGCGCUGCUGUCACUGUCUGCGCUCUUUCUCGGAUCCUCAUACCGCACCGAGAACGAGUCCUGAACCUUUGAUCGACUGCACCGCCAUGGCAGCCCAAUGGCCACCAAAGUCACCCCACGAGGCACUUCUGAGCACACCUGGCGGACGGGAAAAGCUGCGCCGAAUGGUAGAUCGCACAUCUCCUUCGCUGUCCCCAUCACGGCUACGAGCAUCGAAGUCGACAUCUGUGCUGGCUUCAAGAUUUGGCGCAGGCCUCGGCGGGGUGGACGACGCGCUUUUUGAAGGAGGGGACCUGGACGAAGAGGAGGAUGAGGAAACAUUACAGCUUAAGCUGCAAGCGAUUCAAGCUCGGCUGAAGCUCAAAAAGCUGCAGGCAGCGAAGGCGCAGAAGAAGACGACAGCACAGGGGACCGGGACUGAGGAUGGCGGGGGAAUGAGAGGGCUUCCCUUACAGUCCAAGCUUGCGGCAGUUAGGGACAGGAUGGAGAGACAGAUGCAGGACAUCGUGCAGGUUCCGGCUUCGCCGGUCAAGAAGUCGCAGGCUCCUUCAGAAGUACAAACCUCACCGCGGAGGGUGGUGUUAGGGAUCGACAAGGGGCUGAAAGGGGCUGAUGUGUCCCUCAAGAGAGCGCCGAGUCAAAGAGCAGGAAACGAGUCGCGGCUGAGUCAACAAAAUGGCUACCUACGUCGUGCAAACUCACCAUUGAACGGCCAGCCCCAACAAGAAGCCUCCCGGCCAUUAACCUUCAACGAGCGGUUGGCGUCCGCCCGCACUGAAGAGGCCGCCCGGCAAGAGAGGAGAGAAAGGGUGCAAAAGUCGAGGAGCACAGCUUUCAGCGUUGGGAGAGACGAAAUGGAGGGCUACAAGGCUAAGGCGCUCGAUCUUCCCGACCUUCCGUCGAAGCCGCAGGAGUUCUCGAGAGAGCAAGUUCUCUCUUCAAUGGGGAAGCCACUGGGAGGCCAGUCAUCGCGCAGCAACACUGCCCCAAACGUGCGGUCAGGGACACAGGACGCUGCGUCCAAUCACUCUACACCAACGACCACUGGCACUGGUGACUCGGCAGGGGCCAUCGAACCAUACUCGGGGUUGCAUUUGUCAAAGCGAAUAUUGCCCCACAAUGUCCUUGCUCGGGCAGUUUCGGGCAAGAAAUCGUACCUCCUGAAAGAUCUGCUUCGCUGUGUAAAGGCACCGGACUGGUCACUCCCAGACGACGAGACCGACAUUGUCGUCUUCGCCAUCGUCGCGAGCAAAUCCGACCCGAGGAGCCAUCGCCCCGGCCCUGGCAACGAAGGGAAACCUCAACAAGAUCGCGGCAAGUACAUGGUCAUCACCCUCGUUGACCUGACAUACGAGGUCGACCUUUUCCUCUUCAACUCGGGCUUCGACCGCUUCUGGAAGCUCACACCAGGGACGGUGGUGGCCAUUCUCAAUCCGGGCAUCCUCCCCCCACCACCCGGUCGCGAGGCAACCAACCGCUUUGGGCUCGUCAUCAAUUCGGACGAAGACACGAUCCUCGAGAUUGGCAACGCGCGAGACAUCGGCUACUGCAAAAGCAUCAAGAAGGACGGCAGCGGCUGCAAGAGCUGGGUCAACGCGCGCCGCACCGAGUACUGCGAGUUUCACACCAACGAAGCCGUGCGCAAGGCCCGCAGCUCCCGCAUCGAGCUCAGCUCGACAGCCGGCUUUGGCGGAGGCGAUGGCCCGCGCGGGAGGCACAACUCGCGCCAGGUCUACGCCAAGUCGGAAGAAGACCGCAAGAAGGGCCAGUACGACCGCGCAACACAAAGCCACUACUUCGUCAGCAGCGCGCACCGCAACACCAACCCAGAUGACGAGCGGGUAACCGGCAUCGCCGACCGCAAGGAGCGCGAAGAAGCGCUCAAACGGCGACUCGCCCAAAAGGAAAAAGAGCGCGACAUUGCCCGCCGGCUGGGCGAGAUGGGCGGCGGCGCCGGAAAGGAAUACAUGUCGCCGGCGGCGACGACGGACCAACCCCGAAAGUGGGACGCCCGCGCCCUGGGCCUGGUAGGCCGCCGCGGGGCAGACCAGCCCAAGAUCCACCUUGGCCCGGCCCCGAAGACCGCCGCCAAGCGCAAGCGGCCCGAGUCGUCGGGAUCUUGUUCUACGGUCAGCGGGAUGGGCAACACGGCAGCAGCUGCUGCUGGUGCACCGGCAUCUGCAGGGGGAAACAAUAACAAUAAUAAUAACAGAGCACCCCUGGGCUGGGGUUCGACGCUCACGCAGAAAUUGGGGAGGAUGAAAGAGGGAGAGAGGUUAGAUGAGCGGAGGAUACGGUUGGAUGUCGGGAACCCGCCUGUUCUGAACGGCGUUGGUGGUAGUGGUGAUGGAGAUGGAGCUGCGGCGAGGAGGGGGGAUAAGUCACCCGUGAGGAAAAAGACGCGGUUCGUCACGGCGAAGGGGAUACGCGAGGCCGGGAGGGAGAGUCUUGGGGAGCCGCUUUCGGCGGCGGUCAAGACGCGGCGACAGGUCGUGUUGGAUGAUGAUGACGAUGAUGAUUUGAUUAUUGUACGGUGA